GAACAAGCUCUCUCAUGUGUAGUGGGAAGUUGUUCUGCAGGCAUGGACUGCAUCAGCGUAAAUGGAGCUCUUCAGUGCGUCGAUCCCUGUAGCCACUAUACUGAACUACAUGAUGAUUGGCGCUCAGUGAAUAACACAGACCAGUCCAAUAUAAAGUGUGACCAAAAUAUUAACUGGGAUGGCUGGUAUCGUUUUUAUCUAAACCAGAUCAGUGCUUCUAUUCCUGAACACUGUGUGGAAAAAAACCGAUGUGGGACCCAUGCUCCUUUGUUCAUAACAGAGCCUCAUCCUGCACAGAUCAAUGAAAUUGUGACACGCACUGUGUGUGGUCACUGGGACUCUAACUGUUGUCAGUUUGCCUCAAACUCUAUAAAGGUCAAGCUCUGCCCUGCAAACUUCUACAUUUACAAACUUCAGAAACCAUCUAAUUGCCAUCUUGCUUACUGUGCAGAAAUAGCUCCGCAGAACGUGUUUGAUUUAAAAUCAGUGGGACAAACUGAGACCAGCAUCACUCUACAGUGGGGCAGAUCAAGCAGCAUUGUCAACUUUGUUCUCCAGUAUAAUGGUAUCGAGAUACAAGUCGGAGCACAGAGUGGAAGUGGACCGGUAACAUACACCGUUUCAUCCCUCACCCCAGCAACUAAAUACACCUUUACUGUUUCUGAUGUGCUUGGAAAUGUUAGAAACCGAGGAGUACAACUUACAGCUGCCACUGCUCCUCAAAAUCCAACUGGCCUGCUGUCCUUAAGUGAAACAGAGACCAGUAUAACUCUGCAGUGGCAAAGAGUGAGCAACGUCACAAACUUCAUUCUGCAGUUCAACGGUACCAUGACAAGAGUUGAUGCUCCAGCUGGAAAUGGACCAAUAAAUCACACAGUCUCAUCACUUUCUGCUGAAACCACAUACACCUUCACGCUGUUCUCUGUGUUUGAGAAUGUUCAAAGUACUGGAGUCCAACUUGUUGCUCAGACUGGAUCUUCUUCAGAGAUAUUCAAUGCAGCUAAGAUGUUCAACCUCACCUUGUGCCCCAUAUUUUUUUAUCAGAACAUGUACCAGCAGGUCUAUGUCAACUUCACCAAUGAGAACUUUGUGAUUUGCUUCAAUGGUUUUUACAACCUCAGUAGCGACGGUGACUGCAUUAUUGGGCCUAAACCGGACUCUGAGGAGGCGAAAUUCAAGAUCAGGGAAAAAGAUGCUUCGUAUGAAGCACAACUCAAAGGAGCAGUGCAAACCAUCACCAGCAGCAUGAAGUGCUAUGUGCAUUUUGAGUUGAUGUACAUGAACAAAGAAGUAAACCUAAACCUCUUCAGUUUUGGGGAACAAGCAGCUCUGCAUUUCAGUUCUGUCUCCAAUGACCCCGAAGAGACGGCAGAUGUAAAAGUUGAGGGGAGGCUAGCUGACUCUGUGCCUCUUGGAUCAGCUGACUCUGGUGGAUUUACAGACAUCAGCGGCUGCAGGAUGUCAGGCCUUGGGAUUUUGCCCAACUCCACGGUACGUAUCCAGAAAACCUGCUCAACCUUAACCUGCAGUGUCGACAGAUCUGUCACUUCAACAAGCUGUGGAGACCAGGAGGAAUGUGACGGUCAUGGCAGGUGCUUUAUAAACAGGAUCUGCACUGUGACCGGCCCCACUGUGGUCGACUCUCAAGGCUAUCAGAGCUCUGUGACGGAUCGGUGCAUGUACUCUCUGCUGUCAGACUCAUCCAGCAGUUUUGAAGUGCUGGCUAACUUCCAGGAACGUCGCCGUCGGGAUGUGAGCUUUUUGGACCGUGUGAGCCUUCGACCCUUUGGCUCAAAUGAUUACUUUCACCUGGAACAAGGUGGCAGAGUAAAGAUGAACGAGACAUUGUUGACCCUGAACAGUUCAGCCCAGCAGAUUCAGAAUAUUAUGUUAAGCAAGGACAAAACUGGACUGUCAGCAGUGUUUUCAUUCUCGGGGCUGAAAAUAUCGGUGAUGUUUGAUGGCUACACAGCACAGAUCCACAUGAAUGUACCUGUUGGAUCAUCGAUGAAGGGCCUAUGUGUUGACUCCAGGAACAUUUCAAGUGUGAAACGUCUUGAUUUAAGCUCUCCAAGCUGUGAAAGGCAGUAUGAAGAUCCUGUCGACAGUCAAAUAAACUGCAACAUGACAGCUGAAUACUGUAACCUGUUAAGGGCCCCCCCCUUCUCCUCCUGCAAUGAUCACAUCGACCCAACUCCCCACAUCAAUGCCUGCAGCAGCACUUUGUGCAAAUAUCCUUCUGUGGACGACCUCAGAUGUCAGUUUCUGUGGGGCUACGCCAGAGCCUGUAGCCUGCAAAGCAACAUAAAACUGGAGGGCUGGUGGUCAGAAGCAAUGCUCCGAGCCCAGGCUUUUUCCAGGAAAGCUCUGCGGUGA